AUGAUUUGGCCAUCGGUUGCAAGUAAAUCGUUGCAAGACAGUGCUGUUGAGUGCAUUUGGACAGUUGCAACGGUUGUUGGAAAGGAUAUAUUUAAGAAAGAUGCUAAAGAGGUCAUGGCGCUUCUCUUGUCUGUGCGAUGGUACUUAGCAGAGGAUGAUCAUAGUUUGAAAGUCACCCUUCUACGAGCAUGGGAGCAGCUUCUUACUUGUCUCGGAUCUGGCUUUUAUCCAUAUGUGAAAGAUCUUAUGCCUAAUUUGCUCCAGUCUGCUAGACUUGGCUUUAGAGAUGAAGAAAUUGACAAAACAGUUGAUUGGAGUGCCAGAGAACAUGUUAUUCUGACGGAGAAACUUAUGGCAUGUAAAGUUUUAUUUCGCUUAACUAGUAAGUUCAAAGAAAAGAUCUUUCCAUGGAUCGAUCAGAUUUCUGACAUAUUGAUACCACUUGUGAUAUUUCAUGAUGGUGAUAUUAGAAACAUAGCUGUUUCAGCCAUGCCGAAGUUGUUGCUUUCAGCAAAACUUUCUAUUAAGAAGAAAGAAGCAAUUUGGAGGUUACCUAAUUGUUGUCCAAGUCAUUCCCAAGUUGUUGCUUUCAACCUUACAAAUUCCUAUCUGAAUAAACUGGUGCGCCGCGUUGUACCAUCCCUACUGGAAGCUUUGAAUAAGGAAACCGAUGGUGAAAUAUCUGCAAACAUAUUGAAAUCAUUAAGUAAAUGCAUCAAGAUUGCUGGAGCAUUUCUUAGCGAAAAGAAGAUUGAGCGGAUAGCUAAUGCGAUAAUACAGGUGCUGAAAGCAACAUCAAGAAAACAUUUCUCAGAGGAGGAAAAUGCGACUGAACUGGAAAUAGAAAUCAUCAAACAGGUUGUAAACUACUUCAGCAUAUUGAUCAAGAUAUAUAAGGAAAGAUCCUGGACUUUCGUGGACGAACUCUUGGAAUGGAUAAACGAUAUGCUGGGAAAUGACGCGACAACAAAAGAGAAGCAAAUCUCACUCUUAACCUCUAAUGAAGUCUCUCAGAAAUGUAAAGGAGCUGCUCUUAGGUUCUAAGAGACACCGAGAAUCUGGCACCGAAUGAUGGAAUUCAAGAAUCGUAUAUCCCCUAAACAUCUCGCGGUGCAGCUCUUUUCUUCAUUCUCCUUUCCUGAGGUUCAACUCUAUCUGCUUUGGCGACACCAACAUCAGCAGCUGUUGUGUAAUAUCAUAAGUCUAGCAUUUGUUGCUCUUCUAUAUGUUCAAACGAAAAUGUAAAACUGUAGAAGCCUGGAUUGCUGGUUUAAAAGUGUUAAUCAAUGA